AUGGCAAGAACCAAGCAAACCGCCCGUAAAUCUACCGGAGGUAAAGCUCCCAGGAAGCAGCUGGCCACCAAGGCUGCGCGUAAGAGCGCGCCUGCCACCGGCGGCGUGAAGAAGCCUCACCGUUACAGGCCCGGUACCGUGGCUCUCCGAGAGAUCCGUCGCUACCAGAAAUCCACGGAGCUGCUGAUCCGCAAGCUGCCCUUCCAGCGCCUGGUGAGAGAGAUCGCUCAGGACUUCAAGACCGACCUGCGCUUCCAGAGCUCCGCGGUCAUGGCUCUGCAGGAGUCCAGCGAGGCUUACCUGGUCGGCCUGUUCGAGGACACCAACCUCAUUAUAGUCACCAUAUUUGUGAAUUCUACAAUUCACGGAAAAGGAGGAAAGGGUCUCGGUAAAGGAGGCGCCAAGCGUCACUGCAAAGUUCUCUGUGAUAACAUCCAGGGAAUCAGCAAGCCCACCAUCCACCGUCUGGCUCGCCAUGGCGGAGUGAAGCGUAUCUCUGGUCUGAUCUACGAGGAGACUCGCAGUGUGUUGAAGGUUUUCCUGGAGAAUGUGAUCUGUGAUGCUGUCACCUACACCGAGCACGCAAAGAGGAAGACUGUGAUCGCCAUGGACGUGGUUUAUGCUCUGAAGAGACAGGGAAGAACUCUGUACGGCUUUGGCGGUUAA